UGACGUUCAGCUCUGAGGUAUCGAUUUCAUCCCAGUGAGGCGGGAGGAUGAGAAGCAUAACUUUUGAUAGACGCGUUGCUAGCUGCGUUUCUAAAGUGCAAAUACAAACAGCGUGUGAAUAAUAACAUUCUGACCUGAAACUUUAGCACAUCACCGGAGUUAUAACUUUUCAACGGUGACUUCUUUUCGGGGUGUUAGCUUUGAAGCUGAAGGAGAACAGGAAGGUUUACUUGCUAAGCUAAGCUUGACGUCAACUUUGGCUCAUUCACCUUAUAAAAGGUUAUCUUGGCUGUUUCAGGGAAUGGCAAAGAGACAACCCGCUGAUAAUGAUGCCAGCCUCCCCUUCGCUGCUCUCCAGCUGCUGGCCCCGCCUGUGCGCCUGGUCUCUGCAGCCCUCUGGAAAGUGAUGAAGCAGAGGGAUGUGAUGCAGUACGGGGUCGUGGAGGAGUUUGUGACAUCGGCCUGUGAAACUAUCCCUGGGCUGCUCACCGUGAGACACCAGGGCAAGCUGGCUCUGGGUUUGAGAGGACGGUACAUCCUGGAGCUGUGUUCGUCGAAGCCAGAUGAAGAAGUAAUAAAGGCGAAUCUGGAGAGGAUCCGUGCUCCUGCUGCCUUGGCGCUCUCCUCUGCUUCUGUGAUGAAAAGGGAUGUUAAAAUUUUAAGAACAGUGGAAAGUUUCCAUUCGUUGGUCCACGUGCUGCUGACAGACGCUGCAGAGAGAGAACAAUUCUUCAAGGACGAGUUUCCUCAAGAUUACGGUCCCGAAUAUGACCAGGAGCUGGAGAAGCUGCUGUGGGAGUUUUUAAUCCGAGUGGACCAGCUGCUUCCUGUUCCCAACCUAGCUCAGACUGUUUCGUGGCUCAGCGAUGCCCCUCCUGUCCUGGAGGAGUGUGCGCGGGCGGCCACUCAACCUCAGCUCCUGAAGAUUUUGCUGCGUCAUCAAACGUGUCUGGGUCAUCUGGAGACUGCAGCCUCCCUCCCUCCAAACAUGGGUGACUCCAUCCUGGAUUCCUUGUCUCUACCUCUAUCUGGAAAAGUCCUUUCAAAUCAACCAACAAGAGCAAAAACAACUACCGUGGAGGCCUCUGUAAGUGCGCGAGCACAAGAUAAAACCCCGUUUAUAACACCCGUUUUUGGACUUAUAUCCAAUGAAGAAGUUCCUGUUAUGGCGUCCGACAAUAAAAAGACAUUAAGACAUGAUGAGCAUCUCAAAUUCACCGUGGUUAAACAAAAACAAAAGAAAGAAGAGGAAGAAAAAGUAGAGGAGGAGAGAAAUGCAUCUAAAAGAAGCAAUGGGAUGAAACGGAAGCAACCCGCCGAAAGACAAAGUGAAUCUGACGAGGAAGAGGAAGAGUUGGGUGUGACCACAUCUGGGAGAAAGUGGAUGAGUGGGAGUUUGAGACAUGAGGAAAGGACUCUGAAGAAGAGUAGAGGUGAGCAGGAGAUGACAGAAGAGAGCCAAAUGGACGGAGCAACAACUGAGGACGAGGAGGACGAAAUGCUACACCCGCCAAAAGGUUUGCCUCCGUGCUCCGCUUUGUCCUCUUGCAUGAGCAGAGAGCUCAGAGUUGUUAUUGAAAAACUGCCAGUGGCUUCUUUUUACAAUCACGUACCAAGCAGAGGAGGACAACCUUCGCUGGACAAAGCUUGGACGUGUAAAACGGCGAGCAGCCAAGCUCAAAAGCCGGACUCGGACUGUCCCGGCCUGGAUAACAAAGAGAAUCAACCUGUAACAAGAACAAGCAGCUCUUCUCAGCGUCAGACGACCGCAGAGACGGCGGGAGAAGCUGACGACUAUGUGGCUGAUUCAGAGGACGAGGCAACAAAGAACUUCAAAAGCAGGCUGUUCAUGAAGUGCUACUUCAAGACCAAACACGGCACCUACGUUCCCACUCUGAGGGAGUUCCGGAAACCUGGAAUGACCAAGCGGCCCUUAUCUUCUGCUCCCAGCAAACGGAGAUGAGGACACAGAUUUCCACCCAACGUCUUAAUUUGUAAAGUCAGAUUGUGGCUAACGUGUUUUUAGAUCCAGCAAAAGCCUUAAAUCAAUUGACAGAACACAUUACUGUGUCUUAUAUAUUUUAUGGAUUUUAUUUACUUUUAAGUAGCGAUCUGUCAUCAUGGUAAAUAAACUGUGUUGUCACUGA